AUUAUGUCAUUAUUAUUUUAUUCUGCACUUCGUAGGAUACGAUAGACUGUUGAAAUGGAUCGAACCAAUCCUACUUUCAGCUUCGUCUCCGAUAGCGAAGAUAGCGAUUCCAGUUCAUCCUCCGAAAAAGAGAGAAAAAAAGCCUAUUUAUUGAAACAAUCAGUCGUUGAAACAGUUAAACCUUCUACAAUAUCCAUAGAAGAAACAAAAUUAACCUCUUUGGUGAAUAUUAUUGAAGCAAUAAUGGUCUUAAAUAAUGCUGGUAUAAAGUCUCCUUCAUUUGAUGAAAACGCUCAAUUGAAAAUUCAACAUUUUCUGACGACUUAUGCGCAAGAAAGUCUGUUCGCUUUUUUCAUCGAAAACACUAUUCACGUAGAUUUCAUCGUACCGAAAGAAUGUGCUAAAAAUACAAUGUAUUUUAUAAAACUCAUCAACGAAGAAAAAGAGAAUUUAUCUUUAGAAUUUUCAAACCUGAUUAUUUUUGGUAAAAUUGAUCAACAAGCUCAAGCAACGUUAAUUUCUACUUUGAAGAUGGUUUUCAUUUCUUCGAUUUAUAACAUGAAAUCAAUUCCAUAUAGAAUUAAACGACGAAUAACUAAAACAUUGGAAGAAUUUUUAUUGGAAUUGACAGAAACCUAUUUCAGACAUUUUGGAAUCAGUGAAAUUUAUUUGCCUGCUUUGAGUUUUUUUGAAGUAACUGAGAUCAAUGAUUACAUAAGGACAGAUGAUAUCAUAAGUUUAUUUGAAAGUAUUGUGGUUAGAUGGUGUCGUGUUAUCAAUGACGCAAUUUAUGACAAUGAAAUUGAUUUCCAUGUGGUAAAAGAUUUCAGCAUAUUGACACUGAUAAAUUUUUGGGAAUACAAAUUGAAUAAUUUGAAUCUUCUAUCAAAGUGUCUAAAAGACGAAAAUGUCAUUAAAUUGUGUGAAAUUCUUCAAACACACAACUCCGUACAUUUGAAUUUUUUGUUCAAACUUCAAACGGAAUUAGAGGAUCAAGCAAAGGAAUCUGAAACUAUCAUAGAAAAUUUACGAAGCCUAAAACAAAUUCACGAAAACAUGAAUUCUUUAAUGAUUGAAAACAUUUUGAUGUUCUUACCGAAAAUAUUUUCAACAAUUAAUAUGGUUUUAUCACGCUCCACCUAUUUCCAAUCCAGCGAAAAUACAAAACUUUUAUUGAUGAGCUUUAGCCAACAAAUUAUAAAUAUUUGUAGACAAAAAAUUUCAAUAGCGAAUAUUCUGCUGGGUGAAACUACUGAAUCUAUGAAAAAUGUGAUGGAAUCUCUGAAGACGUGUUGUCUCCUAAAUCAAAUGCUUAAAUGUGAAAUUUUGGAAAUAUCGGAUUGGAAUAAAAUUUCUCAAGCAAUUUGUAACUCUAUUGAAGCAUUCAUGCAAAGAUGUAACGAUCUGCUCGAUUUAUGCAGCACAAUCAAUUUAUUUACCUGUUCUCAAAAUCACGGAUACCCGAUACAUAUCAGUUUUGAACAACAUAUUGAAGUAAAAGAAAAUUUGAGAGACAUCUCAGAGUGUUUUUCCACGAACUUGAAUAAUUUCAAAAGAAUUGAAUACAAAGUACUGUACGUUCAGUGUUCAGAUUGGUAUACUGCAGCGGACAGCUUUCAAGAUAAAAUGCAAGAAAUCGACAAUAAAAUUAUAAAAUUUGCUGAGAAAUCAUUCGAUUAUGUAACCACCACGGAAGACGAACUGAACGUGUUAAGAAUGUUGUAUCAUUACUCGAAAUUGCAUUCACUGAAAAGUCUUUUCGUCGAAAAAUAUGAUCAGUUGGCGAAUCAUAUUUUAAAAGAAAUUCAAGAAUUGAAAAAUAGCAUCAUAUUUCAAACUAUCAAACCAUUAAUUGGCAAUUGGAUAUGCUUGGAUAUUGUCACUUGUACAUUUCUGAAGAAAAGAAGGUUGCAAUUUUUAAGCAAACUUGUAAGCGAUUGCAGUUGGAUUUCAAAUAAUAAAUUGAUUCAAAUGAAAUUGAAUUUUGAAGAAAGUAUCUUUACAGCUGAUAAAUUCAUUGUUCAUAAUUACAAAGAGUGGCUCGAAGUCUUGAGUGCUACUAUUCUAAAUCUUACCAAGAGACCUCUUGUGACGAAGUGUUUUUAUAAACCUGGUUUACUGGAAGUUAACAUUGAUAGAAAACUUCUGAAAAUCAUCAAAGAUUCAAAAUCCUGGAUUCAAAUUGGUCUGAAAUUACCUGCUGACUUGGAUAAACUUUUCAACGCAUUCGCUCAAAUACUAAUUUUGUACGGGGACGUAGAAGAUUUAGUUAUGAGCUACAAUAGAAUUAUUUCAAGUUUAAGCAGCGGGGAGUAUAUUUUAUUUUUAGAAAUAAUCGAUCUCUGCUCAGAACACAUAAGUCCUACUUUGUAUUCAAUGCAAUGGGAUUAUGAUCAAUCAAGUGAUACAGUUUUGAAUUAUCUAAAGCAAGUGAAACACGUGGAGAAUUCUAUAAAGAACUAUAAACAUUAUAACAAGCAGAUAAUUGAGGCUUGUAAAUCAAUCUGUUCAAUUAAUUUUUUACGCAUUACAAAAAUGAAUUUAGAAGAUAUCAAACAAGAAAUUUACGCUACCAGGUUGAUAUGUCUGAAAAAAAUAAUUAAUCAUUAUAAUACCAUCGCAUCGACCAUCCAAACUCUUUUCAACAACUUUGGCCAUCAUAUUUUUAAAAUGAAAGAAAUUUGGAACUUAUUCGUUGAAAAAAUCGACUCUUUGCUGGAAUGCGCUUUACUAUGUUGCGUUAUGAAUUCUUUAAGAUCGCUGCUUCAUAAUUUCAACGCAACUUCUGAUUUAGACGACGAUUCUCUUGUAAAAAUAAAGAUUUUUGUGGCAAUAGAAAAUCGAAAGAUCAAAUUUAAACCAGAUUUAAACGAUAUAUUGACAUUUUUUGCUCACGUCGAUACUAUCGUUUUAGAAGGGAUAACAGUAAUUCCGAGAUUAUACAAUAAACUUAAAUUAUCAAAGAGCAAUAAUAAAAUUUCUUAUGCUAAGCAGUUUUCAACCAAUGAAAAUAUUUCUCUGUUACAAGAGCAAAUAAUGAUGGUUUCAUCAGAAAAUCUGUCCCACGUUAAAGAACAUAUUCAAACUUGGUACCCUUACAGAACAUUGUGGAAAAUUGAUGCAGAAUAUUACGCUUUGGAGUAUUGUAAAAUUUGUUCAUCAGCUGAGGAUUAUGGAAGAGAUUUUCUUCGGUAUUCUCAGGAAAUCAAGAAAAUGGAAAAUUCCAGCUUCAAUCAACGUAUCUUCCUGUUUAUCGUUGAUACAGAAAUUUUAUGCGAUGGAAUAAUUACCUUGUGCAGAAGUCGUUUGAGUAAUCUAUCAAACGUACUACGAAAAUCUGUUUUUUCUUCAUUAAAUGAUAUUUUCUCGUAUAUCGAAGAAAGUAAUCGAAAACUAAAUUUGGAACUUACAGAGACUGAGUAUUUGAUCUUCGUGAAAAAAUUAGUCAGUGAAAUGGCCGAUAAAGAAAAUGAUAUUCAACGAAUUCGAGAUUAUGUUAACACUUUGAGUCAGUUCAAAUUUCAAGAUCUAGAAAAAAAACAAGAAGAAGCGCAGAAAAAAUGGCAAAUAUAUAAAAAUACCUUGGAACGUAACAGAUUAAAAAUAAAAAUGAUGUACAAUACAAUCAUAUAAAAUGAAACCGGUUUUUAAAAAAAUGAAAUUUUAAUGAUUCAAUUUAACCAUUACAAUCAUUGAGCGAAAGCAUCGAGUAUAUAUUUUCAGCGUCGAUAAAAGAUUCUUCUUUCUCUACUUCAUUUUCUGUCGAUGACGGUUUCAUAAUAUUUUUCCCUCGAGACUUCUUUUUUUUCUUCUCCGAAUUACUGCAUCCGGUAUCUUUGAUGCUGGACGUAGAACAAGUAACAGUUUUCAUCAAGUAUUUGUAUAAUACAAUUAUAUCGGUAGCCUUUGAUAAUAAAG